AUGGGCAAAUACCUCGCGACGAUCCUGUGGCUGCUUCCGGUGCUGGUCACGGCGCUACCGGCCAACGAAAAACCCGGAAGUGAAAAUGAUCUGAUGGCUACCAUCUACACCGACUGUCUGAAGAAGGAGUCGCUCAACUGCAUCAAGUACAAAGUAUUCUCUUACGUGGACAAGAUGCUCGUCGACAAGGAUGACAUCACCCUCACGGACGGCAUCACCGUGGUGAAAACGUCGAACGCCGAAGAAGGUGCACCCAGAUCGAUCGAGUCCAGCGACUUGGACACUCUCUUGUUCGACCGAUUGGGAAGGUUCUUAAGGAUGCACACGGUCAAAGUCGACCUGAAGGGUACGGACAUCCUCGGAGCCAUCGAAUCCGCCGGUCGGAGCUUCGAGGACUUCACCGACAAUGCCGUGGAAAGUCGUGGCAAGAAGAAAAAAGCUCAGAAGAUUCUCGGCCCGCUGAUAAUGGCCUUGGCCCUGAAGGCUGCAGCCCUGUUGCCGUUGGCCCUCGGCGCGAUUGCCGCGAUCGCCGGUAAAGCGCUUCUCGUCGGAAAGAUCGCCCUCGUCAUAUCCGCGAUCAUCGGUCUGAAGAAGCUGCUCAGCUCCAGCGGCGGCAAGCACGUCACGUACGAGGUAGUGUCGCACCCACAUCACAGCAGCAGCCACGUCGUCAGCCACGAUGACGGUGGCCACGGCGGUGGUUACGGUGGCGGUGGUGCCGACUACGGUGGCGGCUACUCCGGCAGCAGCGGCCACGGCUGGGCCAGGAGUCUACCACAGGACUCCCACGAGCUGGCGUAUCGCGCCCAUCAACCUCAAAAGCAAUCAUGA